UUAUAAUCCUAAAGCGGAACGUUUGUGUCUGAAGACAUCGGAGCGGUAUCGCUGACGGACCGGAAGCAGCGUGAGGUUACAGUGUGCAUCUGAGAGUGAAGUUUUCCUCUGCUGGAUUCACAUUUGAUGAGAGAAGAUGUUGAGAAACGUCUCAGCGCAGAUACUGAGGCAGGCGGUGAGAUUCCGGAGUACAGACAGCAGCCUGAUCCUGGAGAGAUCCAUCAACCGGGUGCAGCUGCUGGGCCGGGUGGGUCAGGACCCGGUCAUGAGGCAGGUGGAGGGUCGGAACCCCGUCACCAUCUUCUCCCUGGCCACCAAUGAGAUGUGGCGCUCCGGAGAGGGGGAGACCAGCACGACCGGGGACAUCAGCCAGAAGACGACGUGGCACCGAGUGUCCGUCUUCAAACCCGGCCUGAGAGACGUGGCCUACCAGUACGUCAAGAAAGGGUCUCGGGUUCUGGUGGAGGGGAAGCUGGACUAUGGAGAAUAUUUAGACAAGAACCAAGUGAGGCGUCAGGCCACCACCAUCAUCGCAGACAACAUCGUGUUUCUGAGCGACAACGUGCGAGACCGAACCUGAAGCCCCUCCCCCACUGACCUUUGACCUCACUGACCCCUCCCCCCCGACACCAACAUGACUCUUUGAUAUGCAUACCAGUAAAAGAUUGGAGGACACCAAGUGAGACGGUCUGACAGACGGCGGUCUGGAUCCUCUGGGUUCGGAUCAGGAGACCUCAGGAGGAGCAGACAGAAGCUUUACACUGUCCACCCCCGUCCAUACGUCCUUUUCUUUGUGUCCAUGUUUAUAAUACCGUCACAAAGUGAGUUAAAGGGUUUAAAAGUGUAGAUUCCAGUGAUCCUGAGUUAAAUCUUGUGUUUCCAGACAGACGUUUGGUUCUCAGAAUCAUGAACCGGUUCAGCCUCGUUUGAUCCGAGCGGCUCUUCAGAAGAGACUCGCAGGAUUUCAGCCACUUUUAUCUGCUGUUUUAGAGCAAAUAAAAUUGGUUUUUCAGCAUAAACUGAAAAAUUGAAAACAGUUGAAAUACAAUUCCAAACGUUAGAUGCUCAUUUUGCCGAUGUCUUUAUUGCCUAAAGCAGUCUAUCUUUUCUUUUUUUCUAAAUAAAGUUCUUGAAAACCA